AAAAAAAUAGAAUAAAGUAAGCAUUUGGGUAAAUUGUCCUACGAUACUAUAAAAAUGAACUUCAACUUUAAAAAUAUUUUUUCGAAUAUUAAAAAUGUUAUUGUAAUAGUAAAGUCUAUAGAUGACCCUCCAUCACAACCACCCAAAUUGGUGUGUUUAUGUCUUUCAGAUAAUUUAUUAACAAUUCGAAAAGAACUCGAAAGGAAUAGUUCCAUUAAUGAUACAUUAUUAUUUUCGAAAAAGUAUCCCGAAAUUAAUGAUAACUAUGGAUUUGCUGAAAUAACAUUUGAAAAAGAAGACGAUUUCCUUUUAGAUGAUAUUAUAGACGAAGUUGGAAGUGAAAAGAUUUUAUAUUUAAAAAAAUGUUCAAAGCUUGAUUGGAAUUAUUUUAAUGAAUUGCGUAAAUUAGAUUAUGGACGUACAAUUACUUCUAAAGGAAUUAAGAGAGCCAAUAAAAGGGCAUUUCAAAUGAAAAAUUGUAAAUUGACUGAAUUAGGUGCUGAAGGAUGUCAAAAAGGAGACGUUAAAAUUAAGUCAAAUGAAGAGCUAAUGAUGAGAACAAAUUUAUUUUUUAGUGGUGAUAUUAAUGUACAAAAUUUGGUAGAAUUAGGAAUAUCAAUUGAAAAAUUAAAAAAUGAAAAAUUCAAUAUUGAAACCGAUUCUUCUUAUCGUUUUACAGAAUAUGGUAAAAUAUCUUUAGAAUUUAGCAACUAUUUAGAUCCAACUCCAGAAUUUAUUAAAGUAGUAAAAGAAGCCAUAAAAUCUAAAAAUAUAGAGGAUUUUAAGCAAAUUACUGAGGAAUUUGGUCAAUUUAUUCCAACCGAGGUUAUUUUAGGUGGAAGAGCCUAUUUUGAUGUUUUCGGAAUAUCAACCGGAUACUCUACAAAAAAUUCUAAUGUAAAUGCUAUGAAUGCAAAUACAGGAGGGGUGGAAGUCAGGGUGGCAAGUAGUUCCAAUUAUUCAAAAGGAAAGUCGAAUUAUUUUAAAUUGCAGUGUACAAAAUUAAUUGGUGGAGAACAAAGCAGCCUCGAAAAUUUUGAUGAGAAAACUUGGGUUAAAUCUCUAAAAGAUUAUAAAACUUGGGAUUGCAUAGAAUUUCGAGGUCCAAUUAGUAUUUUUCAAAUUUUACCUAAAGAUUUACUUGAACAAAUUAUUAAAUCUAUCGGAAAAAGAAUUCAUUACGCAACUACUAAAGAUUUCAAUUACUAUUUAGAAAGAAUUGAAAGACCCAAAAAGUUUGAAUUAGAUAUACCAUCAAAUAUUUCGAAAAUUAUUCAAAACAAAGCUGCAGAUUGUAAUAUUUUUGCAACUGUUAUUGACACGGCAGAAUCGAAGAACGAUUUUUUUACUUGUCAAGUCCUUUGUCCACCAGACGGAAAACCAAGUCUAAUAAUUCACUGUAUUCAAAAAAAAUCCCGAAAACGCGAAUGUAAAUUAAAAAUUAAUUGGAUGAUUAUUGGCUUUCAUACAAAUUUCAAGUUUAUACUUUCAGAUUUCAAUACCCAAUUAAAUAUUAUAAAAAAUGAUUUUGAUCUAUUAAAUAAUCAAAAUCUUAUGAUCAAUACAAAUUUAUUGGAUUAUAAAUAUGAUUCAUUUAUUGGAGAUAUUCCCUGUUUUGGUAUUCCUGUAUUAACUAAAUUAGAUUCAUCAAAUUCUUCUCUUGUAAUUGGGCACCACUUUUUUAAUGCUCAAGAAGAAAACAAAAUUGGAGCAUGCACAUUUUCUUAUUGUUUAAAAAGUAAUCGUUAUGUAAAUUUACCAAACUUCAUUUUUUAUACACUAAUUAUUUCUGCAUAUUAUCAUAUUCAUAAUGCAUCUUACAUAAUGCCUUUUGAUUAUUCAAUUAAAAAUUUUAAUAAACCAAUUAUUAAUUUAACUAAUAAUAACACUUGUCUAAGCCCCAAGUUUAUUAGCUUAUAUUCCACCAAAAAAACUAACUAUGGGCCAAUUUUUCUGAAACAAAAAAGCGGACAAAUUAAAAUUAAAUCUAUUGAUUGUAACAAUAGCAAUUGUUUUAUUUGUAAAAAUAAUAUAUUAAUAACGACAGAAAAUAACAUUAAAUGUGCCUUUUUUGAUCCAGAUCAGUUCACAUCUCGUUGAUUAUUUCAUAUUACGAAAUAACUUUUCAACAAAGCGAUUACGCGAUCUUUGGAAAAAAAAAUUAAUAGUUCUAAAAAAUUAAGUAGAUAGUAUUCAUGCUUUAGAAAUAUUUAUUUAUAUUCAAAAAAAAAAUAUUUAAAAUUAUAUGUAUAUUUAUUAUAUAUCAAAGUGUGU